AUGAAGUGUCUGUUCUUCUUCUUCUUCCUCAUCACCGUCCUGUCUACGUCUUUGCACGUGCCCGUAGCGACUGGAGCUGCGUCCAUCGCGAAGACCAUCGUCGUCAACCCUAGCGGGACCGGGGAUUUCAGAAGCAUCCAGGAGGCGAUCAACUCCGUCCCCGACUUCAACAACCAGUGGAUAAAGAUCCACCUCGCUUCAGGAGUUUACAGGGAGAAGGUGGUGAUAAGCGCUUACAAGAGCUACAUCCUACUCGAAGGAGAGGGAGCGCAGACGACGUCGAUCGAGUGGGGCGAUUACGCCAGCGACUCCGGCGGCCACGACACCGCCAGCAGCGGAACGUUCACGUCUUAUGCUUCGAACAUUGUUGUUGCAGGGAUAGCCUUCAAGAACACAUACGAUGGAUACAGCCAAAUGAAGCAAGCGGUGGCGGCGAUGAUAUCAGGAGACAAGUCAUCACUAUACUCAUGCAGCUUCAUCGGGUCUCAGGACACUCUCGCUGAUUUGUUGGGAAGACACUACUUCAAAGGUUGCUACAUUCAAGGCGUGACCGACUUCAUCUUCGGACUCGGCCAAUCUAUUUACGAGGGAUGCACGAUAUCGACGGCAAACAGCGUAGAGAAGCCGGGGUACGUGACGGCACAAGGGCGAGGCGGCGCCAAUGACACGAAUGGCUUUGUGUUCAAGCGGUGCAACGUGACGGGGCCUCAAGCGACGUAUCUUGGGAGAGCAUGGGGACGCUACUCGAGGGUCAUAUUUUACCAAACCUUCAUGUCGGACAUCAUAAUUCCGGAAGGGUGGAGCAUUUGGAAUUCCCAUGGCUACGAAAAUGAGAUAACGUAUGCGGAAUCGGAAUGCACGGGGCCGGGAUCGAACCAGGCGGGUCGAGUGAAGUGGAAGAAGACGUUGACUAAUGAUGAGCUGCGCACGUUUACAGACAUUUCCUACAUCGAUAAGGAAGGAUGGCUCAGUGAACAGCCCCAGUACUAAGGGAAGAGGCGUUCUGAGGUCCGAGUUAGGUGCACAGCCGUCCAUAAUAAUAAACAACAUGUUUGUUGUUUGGUUGUGUUCUGUUGGUGUUGUAGAGAUACUGUUUUCCCUUUGAUUAGUAAAGAUGUUGACUGUCGAUCGAUAGCAUAGAAAGUUCUGAC